CGUCAAAAUGGUUGGAAAUGAUUCUUUCUCAGCCAUCAAAAAGAAAAUACAAAAUACAGAGAGGAGAGAGAAGAAUAGCCAUAGCCAAUCCAUCUUUGCUUGCAGGCUGUCCCUUUGAUCAAUUCCUCUCUUUCGAGAGAGAGAGAGAGAGAGAAUCGAGGUGUGGAAACCACGUAACGCAAUUCUUGUAGAGAGAGAGAGAGAGAGAGAGAGAUCUGAGCGGUAAAAAUGGGGACGCUACAGACUUGGAGAAAAGCCUAUGGCGCAAUCAAAGACUCCACCAAAGUCGGCCUCGCCCAUGUCAACAGCGAUUACGCGGAGUUGGAUGUGGCCAUAGUCAAAGCUACGAACCACGUGGAGUGCCCACCCAAAGAUAGACACCUCAGGAAGAUUUUCGUUGCCACUUCGGCGAUUCGGCCCCGUGCCGAUGUUGCUUACUGCAUUCGUGCGCUUUCCCGGCGAUUGGCGAAGACUCGUAACUGGACGGUGGCAUUAAAAACACUGGUAGUCAUCCAUAGGCUAUUAAGGGAGGGUGAUCCUACUUUCAGAGAAGAACUUCUGAAUUUUUCACAGAGAGGGCGCAUACUCCAAAUUUCUAAUUUCAAGGAUGAUUCAAGUCCUAUUGCUUGGGAUUGCUCGGCCUGGGUACGCACAUAUGCGUUGUUUUUGGAAGAACGACUUGAAUGUUUCAGGGUUCUUAAGUAUGAUAUUGAAGCUGAACGUCUACCAAGACCUUCCCAAGGGCAGGACAAGCAGGGCUACAGCAGAACCAGGGAUUUGGACAGUGAAGAACUGUUGGGGCAAUUGCCAGCUUUGCAGCAGCUGCUAUAUCGUCUUAUUGGUUGCAAGCCAGAAGGAGCAGCUGUUAACAAUUAUGUUAUACAAUAUGCUCUAGCUCUGGUACUGAAAGAGAGUUUUAAAAUUUACUGCGCUAUCAAUGAUGGGAUCAUCAAUCUUGUUGAUAAGUUUUUUGAGAUGCCAAAGCAUGAAGCUGUCAACGCCCUUGAUGUUUAUAAACGAGCUGGCCAGCAGGCCUUCAGCCUUUCUGAGUUCUACGAAGUUUGCAAAGGAUUGGAACUUGCUAGGAAUUUCCAAUUUCCUGUUCUUAGAGAGCCUCCACAAUCCUUUCUUACAACUAUGGAAGAGUACAUAAGAGAGGCACCCCGGGUGUUUCCUGUUUCAAGUGAGCCUUUGCUUCAAUUGACAUACAGACCAGAUGAAGGCCCUUCUGAAGAGACAAAAAUGUCCAAUGAUGAACCUGAGCCACCACCUUCAGAUAAUGCUGCUGUACCUAAUGUUGAGAUUACUGCUCCUCCUCCUCCUCCUCCUCCUCCUUUUCCUCAAAACACCCUGGAAACUGGUGAUCUACUGGGAUUGGGUUAUAGCACUGCUGAUGCAUCUGCAAUUGAAGACAGAAAUGCUUUGGCUCUAGCAAUAGUUCCAUCAGAUUCUGCUGCUGCCCCAACAUUUGAUUCUAAUUCCGUGCACGCAAAAGAUUUUGAUGCUACUGGAUGGGAACUUGCCCUGGUCACCACUCCAAGUAGUAACAUUUCAUCAGUUAAUGAAAGGCAAUUGGCUGGUGGAUUGGACUCCCUCACUCUGAACAGUUUGUAUGAUGAAGGAGCAUAUAGAGCUGCGCAGCAGCCUGUUUAUGGAGCACCAGCUCCAAAUCCAUUUGAGGUACAAGACCCAUUUGCUCUGUCCAGUAGUGUUGCUCCACCCCCUGCGGUUCAGAUGGCAGCAAUGGCUCAACAGCAGGCCAACCCCUUUGGUCCAUACCAACCUACCUUCCAGCCACAGCCACAGCCACAGCCACAGCCACAACAUUUGAUGAUGGCCCCAACUAAUCCUUUUGGUGAUGCUGCAUUUGGUGCAUUUCCUGUGAAUCCAGUUGCUCACCCACCAACUAAUAACCCAUUUGGAACAACUGGUCUGCUGUAAAAACAAUGUUUUUGAACUUCCCAAAAGUAUAACGUAGUCGGUGAAGUUGAUUUUUUUGCAUAUGGAAAUGAGUGCAGCAGUUUGGGUAGGAUGUUUGAACCACAGGAGAGGGUUUUGGGCAAGAAAGCUACGUGUAUGGGUUGUAAAAGUGAGCGAGUGAAUAGCCGAAUUUGUAAUAAUUAGUUGAUACGAUUGAGAUUUUAUGAUUUUCUUUGGAGUUGCUUUAA